CCCCCCCCCUGCACCGCCCCACGCCUGCUCGGAACGGGUCGGUCGCCGGUGGCGGAGGAGCCCGGCGAGCUGUGUGAAGAAAUUCUUCAGCCAUGGAUGUGUUCAUGAAAGGACUUUCCAAGGCAAAGGAGGGAGUCGUAGCAGCAGCAGAAAAAACCAAGCAGGGUGUGGCAGAGGCGGCAGGAAAGACGAAAGAGGGUGUCCUCUAUGUGGGUUCCAGGACCAAGGAAGGAGUUGUUCAUGGUGUCACAACAGUGGCUGAGAAGACCAAAGAGCAAGUGUCUAAUGUUGGGGGAGCUGUGGUUACAGGAGUGACAGCGGUGGCCCAGAAGACAGUGGAAGGAGCAGGGAACAUUGCUGCAGCCACUGGCUUGGUGAAGAAGGAUCAGUUGGCCAAACAGAAUGAAGAAGGUUUCCUGCAGGAGGGAAUGGUGAAUAAUACAGAUGUUCCUGUGGAUCCUGAGAAUGAGGCUUACGAAAUGCCUCCAGAGGAAGAGUAUCAAGACUAUGAACCUGAAGCAUGAGAGUCCUUUCCUUCCCUUAUAUCUCCUGAAAUCUACUAACUACUAAAGAUGUCCCAUCCUGUACAAGUGCUGAGUUCCAAUGUGCCCAGUCGUAAAAUUUUUUUACAGUUUUUACGGUGUAUUUUGAAGUCUUCCAUCAGCAAUGAUUGGAGUAUCUGUGACUGCAUCCACCUUGUUUCAGCAUUUCCCUCCUGCUGAAAUGAAAGCUGGUUGGCAGGGUCAUUGUUGUGCUGUGGAUAUUGUGGCUUCAAGUUUAAAAGUUAAAAAAGAAAAUAUUAAAUAAAAACACCUAAGUGUCUACUGCUUAUUUCUAACUCUGUACAUGUUUUGUUGAUAGGCUGCCAGUAAUUUGAUAUUGUUUAUGAUACAAUUUUUAUUUGUUUCCUAUGACUAUCCUUUCUGUGCAGAGAUGACUUAUCGUGAGAGCUUUAUAUAUAUGUGUAUGUAUUAUACAUAUAAAAAAAGUAACUGAGCAUGAACUAUGCACUUAUAAAUAUUAGCUGUUGAAAUUUUAUGGGUUUGUGAUGUGUUUUAUUAACUUGUGUCUGUAAAUAAUGGUGUUCAACUGAAAUGAAUAAAAUGU